UUUAAUCAAGACCAAAGUGACUGAGUUUGUUCUUAGUUACACGCAACUUGUAUUCUUCCAAGCAAUACCAGAGACGGGACCACACCUCCAGAACUGCUGAGAAAUGAGUACAUUGGGUUCUGUAGAAUCACUGUCUUCAAAGUCGAAGAAGAAGGACAAGGAAAAGAAAGGUACGAAAUUUAAUAUACGUCAAACAACUAAUAAAUGGAAAGUUGAAUAAUAAAGUAGGCCAGUUGAAAAGAAAAGGGGCAACAUACAUUAUACGGGCACUAAAACUAACUAGUCCGGCUUACGCAUGCUGCAACAGUAUAACCCCAGUAGAAGCAGUAGAGGUUUUUUCGUCCUCUUGUUAGAUGUUAUAACAACAGAAUAGCCGUGUGACUACUUAUAUUGUCGGAAUAAAUUAUGGGUCAUUUUAGUUGCGAGCAAACAAUCGUGCUCGUGAAAAUUGAUGCAUUCUCGCAAAGGCCUUAUUUUGUCGUAAACCGAAACGUAGUUUAGUUCGGGGAAAUUAAACAGUUUUGCCAACCGGUUAGUAGCGAAUUUAACACGAAACGUUGGUUGUUGAAAAGUAUAAAUACGUCCUAUUUAUAAGUUAAAUAUCUUUUAUGGAAGAACUAACGUCAAGUUUGGAGCCAAAGUGUCCCGCUUUUAAAACCUUAUUUUAUGUAGUGUUCACAUUACUCACAGGAGAACGUCUCAGCUACCUCGAGUCCUGAAUUGAUAAAAUAAUUGAAAAAUACGAAGAUAGUGAAUUAUAUACAUAUAUAAAAAGAACCGUCCUUGUCUAGUACCUAACUUGAUGUGCCUGAUGCAAACAGGCUUGCCUUGAGUAUUUAUCUUUUUAAAUCAAAGCCAUAUUUAUUCAGUAAAUUGUUUAUAUAUCAAGUGUCAUUCCUAGCAAUACUCAGAAAGUUCUAGAACCCUAAAAUCUUCCUAGAAAAAACAAAAAAUAUGAUAUGUCACUUUGUGUUUCGACGUGAUUUCAAAAAAAUUUUCGAAUAUGAACUAUAAAUAUACGUAAAUGAUCACACUUCACAUAUAUAUUUUAAAUGUUUUGUGUUUACUCUUCAUAUGUUAAUGAAGAGGUGAAACAUUAAGAUCAGUUCGGGGACAGAGGCAUUUAUCAGUUGGUCUAAUUUCUUUUUUUUUUUUCGUCUUUUUGUUCCGUAAAAGGAAAGAAAGAGAAGAAAGAGAAAAGCAAAAAGAGAGAUUCAAAGGCUGAUUUAGAAACUGACGCCGAAGCUCGUGGUGAAACGACCAAAUCAAAGAAGAUGUUUGGCAUUUUUCGAAAAGGGGGAAAGAAGUCCAAAGAUCCACAACAUGCGAGUUCUUCAGAGAGCUUGAAUGUCAGAAAUUCAGCUGAUUUCGGUAGCACUGCGAGUGAUUUGUCGCUCGUAGGAUCAAGUGUAUCAACAGAAUCAACGACAGUAGAAAAAGUCGAACCGGCUUCUCAACAAAAUACAGCAAACGAAAAUGCAAAUGUUAAAUUACAAAGUAACGAUACCGAGAGUAAACGACGAUCGGAAGAAAUUGAACCAACACUCGCAGACUUUGUUUACCAAGGCAAAGAAAAGACGACUCCACGAAAAGCAGAUAAAGACGACUCCUCGCCAAAACAACAAAGAAUCAGUGUGAAGUUACAGGCAACAGGGCAACCAGAAACUGACACCCAGCAACAGAAAACAUUCAUCAAGAAAUCCCAAGAAGAAUCGUUUGAGAUACAGAUGCAGUCAUCUACCAUCACCCUUAAACAAAACGAGGAUAGAGGGAGUGGACAUAGAGAUAGAGACCCGGAUUACAAGGAGGAAAAAGAUUUACCACAAGACCACUCGCUGGAAGAAAAAGUGCAAAACGACACUCCAUUCAAUGCAGAUGCUAUCAUGCCAAAGCAGGAAGUCCAUUAUCAGAGUAAUGAGACGAAAGACGAAACGAGAGUUGUUGUGUCAUCAGAAUCAGUGCUAAAACAUCAAACAGUUUCUGAGAUUAAGGCAACACCCGAUGAGGAGUUCAAGGUCAUCGUAGAACAAUCAGUCAUUUCCACAGAGAAACAGACAAGUGGUCCUACACAGAAUGAUUCUCAAGAUCACCAAGUACAAAAUGAAGCUGUAGCAGUGAGGGAAGAAGCAGCCGAACUCGUGUUUCCUGACAAACAUCAAGUCAGUUAUCAACAUGGACAGCAAGAUGACAUUGUGGAAGACGAGAGUCCCAUAGUAGAGGCUGUCAGUAACAACGUAGAAAGUGAACUUGAAGUCAACGAGUUCCUUUCCACAAACGUUAAAGAAACUUGGGGGCCUGACGAAGGCAAUCAUGAAAAGGUGAUUGAAAAAGAAAGAGAAAAGAAAGUGACCCAGACAGCUGAAGCAAAACAAUCCCGUCAAGAAGGUCUUGACAACAUUUACGAUCACCGCAAGCAAUCAUCUCACUUUGGCGAGAAAACCAAUUUCACCUCACAUCCUACCCCAUCAAAGUCGUUAUCACUCAGCAACAAGACAGAUGCUGAGAAUGACUUCGAAAGCCCGGUGGACGCUCCUUUGAUAAAUACUAUCAAGGACGUUAAGAUGUCUUCCUCAAUGCUGCUAGCUGAGCUGGGAGAGGUAAACAAGAAAUUGCUUGAAUUGAAAAAGGAACUGCUUCAAGUUCUUAAAAAAGGAAGGGAAAAACCAUAAACAACCUCCAACGCGAAAGAGGCGUCCGUUUGAUUGUGGGGAUCGAUGGUGGUUAGUAGCGGGAGAAAAUAAUUGUCAACAACAUUAGGAAACACAAUAGAAUAUAUGCUGUAGCCAUAAUGAAAAAACAGCCUUGAGACUUAUUAUGUAAACAAUGGGCUUUGUAUCGUCAACGACAUGUUUGUAAAACCUGCAGUGUUGAAUCUAUGCUAUUUCCGGCAAUAUCCUUAUGUUUAGAGACUUCUCAGGGCUUUGUAACGCAUUUCUUCUCCACGAAAUUGCGUCAGUGUCCCUCAAUUUUCAGGGGCACCCAACGACAAUUUUCGGAAGAAUAUCUGUUCGGAAGACGAUUUGAGAUCUAGAAUUUUCGGAACAUUUGUUGCAAAAGUUCUUGCUUGCCUGCCUCUCCUAGGAUUUUCGAACAUCUAAAAACUUGUAUAAUUGCCCAUUUUUAACGGCUUUUUACCCUAAAAAGGUCACCUAGAAUUUUCGGGAGCCUCUUUUCUGGCUGAAAUUUUCGAAAAGGUCAGUUUUGAUCCCUAUAAUUUUCGGAUCACUAGACUUUCAGCUGGGAAAUCCGAA